CCACCCUCCCUUUUCUUCCCUUCUUCCUUCACCAUCCACAGCAUUGUUCAUUGACUAUCCAUUUAGAUUAGAGAUUCCCAUAUGCAGACCUUGUUUGUUUGCCUUCUCCCACCCUUUUCCUUUCUGUAAGAUUUAUGGGUUGUUGUGGGUUUCCCUGGGUUAGGCUUUAGCUUGAGUGAUAUGCACACUCUUGUAUUAAUGGCGUAACCAGAAACUCCCAUAAAACCAAAAAGGUCGAGACUUGAAAUAGCCCAAAAACAGCAAGGUUACAGUCAGCAAUUAAUUGCUUGGCAGGGUGGUAGAGAGUCACAAUUAGACAGGGCAUGGCAGUUUCAUAUUAUUAGUAGGAGCAAUAGAAUAAUCCUAUAAGCGAAUAGGAAUAUAGAGAAGUAACUGAUGCGAAAAACAAAAGGAGCAAAAGCGGAAAGGGGGUUAGGAGAGAGAGAAAUUUGAGCUGUUGUUGUAGUUGUAGGAAGGAGGAGGGCAAUCGGAGAGCUGGUGCAGAUAGAGAGAGGAAGGGGAUGUCUGGUAGCGGCGGCAGUGGCGGCGGCGGGAGGUGCAGUUGUGUAGUAUGGCUGAGGAGAGAUCUGAGGAUAGAAGAUAACCCGGCGUUGGCGGCUGGGGUUAGAGCAGGGACGGUGGUGCCGUUGUUCAUAUGGGCGCCGGAAGAGGAAGGCCAUUACUACCCUGGAAGGGUUUCCCGGUGGUGGCUGAAGCAAAGCCUCGCCCAUCUCGAUUCAUCCCUACGCAAUCUCGGCGCUCCUUUGCUGACCAAGAGAUCGACUGAUUCCCUCUCUACUCUCCUUCAGGUCGUCCAAUCCACCGGCGCAACUCACCUCUUCUUCAACCACUUAUAUGAUCCUUUGUCGCUGGUUAGGGAUCACAGAGCGAAGGAAGUUUUGACAGCUAGUGGAAUAGUUGUGAGAUCCUUCAAUGCAGACCUUCUCUAUGAACCAUGGGAUGUCACUGAUGCUCAAGGCCUUCCUUUCUCCACCUUUGAUUCCUUCUGGGAGAGAUGCCUUACCAUGCCUUACGAUCCUGAAGCUCCGUUACUCCCACCUAAGAGGAUUAUACCAGGUGAUGUCUCGAGAUGUCCUUCCGAUUUGUUAGUAUUUGAAGACGAAUCGGAGAAGGCGAGCAAUGCACUCCUCGCUCGAGCAUGGUCACCUGGAUGGAGCAAUGCUGACAAAGCCUUGACCACAUUUAUCAAUGGGCCGUUGCUCGAGUACUCUAAGAAUCGUAGGAAGGCUGACAGCGCCACGACCUCGUUUCUCUCUCCUCACUUGCAUUUUGGGGAAGUUAGUGUGAGAAAGGUUUUUCAUCUCGUUAGGAUGAAGCAGGUUCUGUGGGCAAAUGAAGGAAACCAAGCUGGGGAAGAUAGCGUGAAUCUGUUUCUCAAGUCGAUUGGUCUUAGGGAAUACUCGAGGUACAUGAGUUUCAAUCAUCCGUACAGUCACGAGAGGCCUCUCCUAGGGCACCUCAAGUUCUUUCCAUGGGUUGUGGAUGAGGGAUAUUUCAAGGCAUGGAGACAAGGAAGGACUGGGUAUCCGUUAGUCGAUGCUGGAAUGAGGGAAUUGUGGGCCACGGGAUGGAUGCAUGACCGGAUAAGAGUGGUAGUUUCAAGUUUCUUUGUUAAAGUUCUUCAACUCCCAUGGAGAUGGGGGAUGAAGUAUUUCUGGGAUACACUCUUGGAUGCUGAUUUGGAGAGCGACGCACUUGGUUGGCAAUAUAUUUCUGGAACGCUCCCUGAUGGACGUGAAUUUGAUCGCAUCGAUAACCCUCAGUUUCAGGGUUACAAAUUCGACCCUAAUGGUGAAUAUGUCCGUCGCUGGCUUCCUGAACUAGCCAGGCUGCCAACCGAAUGGAUCCAUCACCCAUGGAAUGCACCCGAAUCAGUCCUCCAAGCAGCUGGCAUCGAAUUGGCAUCCAACUAUCCUCGCCCCAUUGUAGGAAUAGACGCAGCAAAAGUCAGGUUGGAAGAAGCACUCUCAGAGAUGUGGCAACUCGAGGCUGCUUCGAGAGCUGCAAUCGAGAAUGGCACUGAAGAAGGUCUGGGAGAAUCCUCUUAUGACUUGGAACCAAUUGCAUUCCCUCAGGACAUACAAAUGGAGGAGGAAGAACAACAGCAGCAUCAUGAACAACCUAUCAGAAACAACAAUCCUUUGGCAGCUGUUCGCCGUUAUGAAGAUCAGAUGGUGCCGAGCAUGACGACUUCUAUCCUGAGAGGGGUGGAUGAUGAGGAAGCAUCUGCAGAUGCCCAAAAUGCUGCAGAAGAUAGCAGAGCUGAAGUUCCAAGAAAUUUAAAUCAAGAACUGAGAGGAGAUGCUUCAAACGAAGAGGUUAUGCAGACUGUUCACAGGGUUAACCCUUUGCCUCAAGUUAACUUGCUUAGGGUUGGGGGAAAUGUUGCAGAAGACUCGGCAUCAGAAUCUUCUUCGAGCACUAGGAGGGAGAGAGACGGGGGCGUGGUUCCAGUUUGGUCUCCUCCUCCAACUGCAAGUUACUCGGAUCAGUUUGUUGGUGAUGAAAAUGGAAUCAGUUCGAGUUCUUCUUACUUGCAGAGGCAUCCUCAAUCUCACCAGAUACUCAACUGGAGGCGGCUGCCCCAGACUGGGUAGUAGGUGUCUUUUGAGUCCAUGCCAGGUAAGGUACACACACAUACUGGUGUAGAGGCAGACUGAUUGAAGAACAUGGCAACGAUGCUUUAAUACCCGUGAACCCAGUGUGUUGUUGACAUCAAAGAGUCCCAAGUAAACCGCCCUUUUUUCCACGAUACACAGUAAGCUGAUCACUGCAGUGAUGACCUCGAAUGUGGAUACUACUACGACUACUACUAUCAUACGAAUCAGGCAGGCUAUAUUGCUAUCGUUCCACUCCUACUUAUUUGUGCCAUGUAUGUAAUUUGUAUGCUGUAUAGUUUUUUCAUACUUUUUCUUUUUCUUUUUUUGGGUUCGUGUUGUAAGGAAUGAUAAGAUUUGGCAGGGUUUGUAGCUGGAUAAUAAAUUACAGUUUGUGCUCCGACAUUGAAAUUUAUUUGGCUCAGAAUAGGCAGAUGGUUCAGCAUUUGUAUUAUUUGUUUACAGUGCUUGUCAAUUGAAUGCUGCCCAACUGCCAGAGGACAAUGAUCAUGCCGUGUUCAACUCCUGCCUGUAACUCUGCAAGCAUACAUGUCCAUGUUUCCUUCUGGUCCUUCUCCUUGUGCUUGUCUCAUCUCUUACAUUGAAGGAGGAAGUAGACUAGACUUCAUAGCUCGCAACCAACUCUCCCCAAUGUUCAUAUUCAC